AUGAUCCGCCGCGCAGCGCUGGUAACCGGAUCGACCAGCGGCAUCGGGCUAGGCAUAGCCAAAGCCCUCGCCGGCGCAGGCUACGACAUCAUGCUCAACGGUUUCGCCACUGCACCCCAAAUUCAAGCACUCGUAUCCGACCUCUCAUCCUGUGGCAUCCGAGCAGAGUAUAAUGCCGCCGACAUGUCCAAGCCCGCCGAGAUCCGCUCCCUUGUCAAAGCAACAACAGACACCUUUGAACGUAUCGACGUAUUAGUCAACAACGCCGGCAUUCAGCACGUCGCCCGCACCGACGUCUUUCCAGAGGAUAAAUGGGACUCGAUCCUAGCCAUCAACCUAAGCGCUGCAUUUCACACCACCAAAGCCGUCCUCCCACAUAUGGAGAAAGAGGGAUGGGGGCGGGUCAUCAACGUCGCCAGUGUUCAUGGCCGCGUCGCAUCCGAGGGAAAAUGCGCUUAUGUCGCUGCCAAACAUGGGCUCAUUGGUCUUACAAAGGUCGUCGCGCUCGAGAACGCCAAUGCUGGCAUUACCGCCAACGCUAUUUGUCCAGGAUGGGUCGAGACCCCUCUCGUAUUGCAGCAGGUCGCUGCGCGGGCUGCCGCUGCGGGCAUUAGUGAGGCUGAAGCAGCCGAGCGCAUCGUCGGCGAGAAACAGCCCAUGAAGCGAUUCACGCCCCCGAGCUCGAUUGGCGCUUUGGCGGUUUUCCUCUGCAGCGACGCGGCAGGCACUAUCACGGGAAGUGAGCAGCUCAUCGAUGGUGGAUGGCUUGCGCAGUAG